UUUAGAUUCAAAAGGAAGAUUCAUAGGCCGGAAAUUUGUUGCAUUCGCAGCAUUUAAUACCACUCCUUUGCCACACUCACUUAAUGAGGCUCGAAAUUGUAUUUCUGCUUUCAGCGACCUCUAGCUACCUAUUUGAUUCGACUCAAAUACGUUUGUAAUUUCUACCUAGCUCUUCUAUUUUCAAAAAGGUAUUCAAAACUUUUCGACAGCCUUCUCAACAUUGUUUAUUUGAAAGUGAUCAAAAUGGCGCCUCAUCAUGGCCACCCCCUGCACGUACAGCACAAAAAGCAUGGCGACCAUGACCACAUCAUGAAACGACUAGAUGGCUACAUCAAAGCCUACAGAAAAGGAGACACAGAAGCCAUAAUGAAAUACUACCACCCAGACAACUUUGUCUACUCUGACUUCAGUCCGUCUUUAUCCCAAUCACCCAUUUCCUUUCCGGGCAAUCGCAAUCCCGAUCCCCAAGAUCCACUAACACCCUCUAGGCACAUCGGAUCGCCACCUAAUGGGACUUUCAGAAGUCGCCUCCCAUUACUCAAACACCUUCAGCAAUUUUCACGAUCUUACUAUCACUACCCUUUCCGUACACGGACACAAGGAUUUCACGGCGUGGGAAUGGGAAAUCACGUGCAAACCGGCUGUUUCUCCUGAGACAGGAGAGCGAUUAGAGAAGGAACAGGCGGAUUUGAAGAAAUUGGUGGGUUGCACGUUGAUGUGGUGGGAGGAUGAUAAGAUUGUGAGGAAUCAUGAUUAUGUGCAGGUGAAAGAUGUUUAGGAUGUUUUUUUGGCUAGAGGAGAAGGGUACCGGGGGGGAGCCGAUUGAACUAAGACUAGAAGUGUUUUUGUCGUCGGAGGUGGUCAACGAACAUUUCUCUUUGACAGGUUUUGAAGGUCAGUUGAUCGUGCGUCUAACAAAAAUGACAUGUAAUUUGGUCAUGUUUAUUAGUUGUCGAGAUUUCGACGGAGAAAGCUUGGGGUGCGCGGAAGUCUUCCUAGGAUUGGCGAAACUUGGCACUACUUUAUCCUGUAUUUAUUUCCGUAUUCUUAAAUCCUGAUAGCAUAAGUCAGAGGUCGGAUAAAAUAACAACUCCAUCGUUU